GCCCCCGCCAAGGGGAGAAAGCUUCGAUUUCGUCAUCCUCCCCCUACGCACCCACUUUCGAAAGAGAAGAGUUGCGACGUUUGUUGUAUGGAUUCGGUGUUAGUUCGCAUGACCGGGAACACGGGAUCUUGCCCGUGUUCAUCACGUACCUCCAAUCGUCUCAUUUCGCUACCGACCUUCCCCAUCACAGAUGACGACAGCGUCUACUGCGAUGCGGACGUACGGCGUGCGCUGAGGCGGACGGAGCAAGAGUUGAAGGAGGCUCUGACAUCUGCUCCUGUGUUCGCAAACCCCGACCUGACAAGACUGUUCGCACUGCACACAGACUGGCAGCCUCAGGCGAUAUCGGCGGUGCUGACUCAGCACGGCAAGGACGGAAGGGAGCACGUCAUUGAUUAUGCGUCCAAGAUGUUGAGCCAGGCGCAGGCUAAUUACGAAGCAAGCAAAGGUGAAUGCCUGGCGGUGGUGUGUGGGAUUCAGCAUUUCCGACCGUAUCUGUACGGCCAGAAAUUCGUGCUGGUAACGAAUCAUCAGCCGCUGCUGUCCCUACGCAGCAACACGGACUGCACGGGGACGCUGGGCAGGUGGGCGGUGCGUCUGCAAGACUAUGACUUCGACAUCCGCCACCGUGCCACGCGGCAGCGUGAUAACGCCGAUGGAUUAACGCGCCUUCUGCCGCCCAACAAGUGUCCCACCAACGAGCGACUCAUUCCGUGGAGGCCAGAAGUCGAGGCGACGAAACCGCACUACGGGCAGCUACACGUGCUGCGGAGCAGGAUGAACCAUCGCCAGCCGGAGCAUGAGCCCCUCGAGCACUUCCAGACGCCGCUUGCAGAUUGCUUGUUGUGGCAUUGGUUUAAUGAGGAGAGGCAAUUGUGGUACGACAUCCAACAGGUGAACGUGCCAGCGCCCGGGGUUGCUGAUUUGGCAGCAUACUCGUUGCUUUGCGAUCGACUGACAUAUGCAGGAGUGUACGUGGACGUAACGCAGUUGCCUGGCCAGGAGACGACCCGAGUAUUCAUUGAGUUUCGUGCGCUCCAGGUGGCACCCAACUUCGUGCACAGCGUCGCCACCUUCAUCGGAGACUUGACGGUCCUACCGCAGCAGAAUAAGGAACCGACGCGCAGCUUUGUGCGCGAAUACGCGGUGGAAGCGGCCAAAUCACUGGCCAGAGUGCAAGGACGGGGGGGACACCGAUUCACAGCCCACAAAGUGUUGCUGCGUAGGGCAGAGGACGGACCGAUUGCGUUGGUGCCGCAGCUCCCCGCGCUUCUCCCUCCCGCUGCUCCUCUCAACCUCCAAGCUAUUCCCCCUUAUUUGGUGGAGCUAACUGACGUGGAGCCGCUGCCCUUCGCCGACGAAGACGCGUGGGAGUUGCAUCGUGCGCUGUACAAGUCGGUGGUGCUGGGGAUGUUCCGGUUCUCCGUGGAUCACGAAGACCACGCUAUCGAGGAGCACUUCGUCGUUUACUACGUCAUCGCGCGGCCCAAGCCAACGGAGAAGGAAGGGACGGUGGCGCUGUACCCCUUCGCCCCGCUCCAGACAAUCGAUCUGGGAUUGUUGGAGCUCAUACAUCUUGAGCUCCUCUCCAUUGCGCAAGUGAUCGCGAGCGAGGAGGAGGAGAUCCAACCACGAUUGCGGACGGCGACGGCCCCGCGGAGAACGUACAACGCGGUCGUCAUCCCGGAUUACAUUGCGCAGCGCGCAGAGAGAUUGGAGGACUUCCCGGAGGAAAGGCCGUUGCGUCCUCCCUCGUCGUAUCCUCGACCAGCGCCCCAGAAGGCCCCCAAGAAGACGCCAAAGAGGAAGAGAUGCCACCCGUCGCGAGGAGCGAGACUAUCGUGCCAUCGCCGCCCAUUCCGCGGGUGCCCGAUCUCAAUCUUGAUGGAGCCGGGCCAUCAUCAUCAGCAGCAGCCGAAGGAGGAAGCCGAACGGGAUUUCCGGAUCCCAUAUCCAGACCCCCUGUCCUCGCGGGACCUCUCUGUUCCUGCCAGCCACCCCAAGGUGCCCUGGUCAUUGACAUUAGUAGUUCAUCCGAGCCGGACGGUCCAUCCGACCGAGGUGGACUUCAUGGUGGAGCCCGCCACCAUCAAGCUCGAGGCCGUCACGGGGGCGCCGCGCCCUGAUCCGGCGUGGGAGCCAUAUCUGACACCACCUUUCCAAGGGUGUAUUGCGGCGCAAUUGGCGGGGACGCUCAUCUACGAGACCGGGCAGCGUCCAAAUGCAAUGUACCACUUCCUGGUCUUCGUAGCGCAGAAGCGGGAGCGGCGGCCUUACACCGAGACUCAUGUGGUGAUGACGGGUCCAGGGCCCCGAUCGGUGCGCAAGCGGGUGGUGCGAGCGGUAGCGGAUCUGGCGCCACGUGUCCUCUCACAUGUGUCGGGGGCUUUCCUUUACCCCUCAUUCGUCCAGCAUCACUUCCAUGAGGAAGAUGCGCCGACAACUCCUGCAGCAAUGGCCGCUUUUCUUCCACCUAUUCCGCCCCCUCUCAAUCCCGACAUAGAUCACUUCCUCUGAUCACCCUCGUCUACCUCUCCCCUGUCCUCUCCUUUUCCUUCUCCUCUUUUUCUUCUUCUUUUCCGGAUCUAAAAGCUCGCGCGA